CCCGGAAGUUGUCAUUUUGCCGUUUGGCUUGACUUCCGUUUACUGAUAAAACGUGAACACGUGUUGGUCUAGUUGCUGAAGAUUUCAGAUUAUUUUACUUUAUUUUUCUGUUUGUAUUAAAGGAGUUUUAAUGCGUUCAUAGAGCGGUUGGGGAUACUAAACGCGUGGUGAGAUGUUUUAUGGAGUAGAUUCAUCCCCAUGUUUGCUAGCUUAUUUUUAUAGGCUGCGGACCUAGCGGUAGCUAAGCCAUUAGACAUGCCCUGACUUGUCCCAACACACGGCGCUGAUCAGCAUUAUUUCAUCACUGGCACGUUGAUUUAAUAAGAUUAGGACGAGUAAUAUGGAUUAUCAUUUCCCUCUGCAACUUUUUCCAUCGUUUUAUAACUGCGGGCCACCGGACUCGGUCCUGAAGAACGGGACGGGAAGCUGGGGCUCUUACGACGGUGUUUUACCUCAGACAGGCUCUGGUUCGCUCUCCAGUUGGGCAUUUACUUCCAGACAUCAGGUUAGAGGGGAGACUUGGUGUCACACUGAGCCCGUCCUGGUCCCCUUCCUGUUUCCCAAAAACGCUUUCCAUCGACAUUUUACACCUCCAGAUCCACUGGACUGCAUAGAACAUAUGCAGAACUUCUUCAUGGAUCACUGCCAAGAUGCCUUUGGGUGCAUGAGUGACAUUCUGGGUGAAAACUUCAACUUCAGAAGUAGAGGCACAGAAAAGCAUCGGCAUGUCUCCGUGUGGAGGGUGAAACGCUUCCUCAAGCUCCUGAAUUAUAAGAUAUGUUUCCGAACGCAUAAGUCCUCAGCGAUGUCCAGCUACUGCAGGAUGUUGUCGAACGUGGUGCCCGACAUCCCACCGCCACUCCUGGGAUCUCUGUUGUACGAAGAGCUGGCCGAGCAGAGGGAUCACAUGCUGUUCUGUGAAGGAGACACUGGGGGCGCUCUGGCUUUCGUCCCGUUUGCGGAGCGUGGAAAGAACGUGCAUCAGCGUGGCUGCCUCCUUUAUCCUGGAGGACAGGGACUGGACCGCCUCAAGUUCCGCAAAGUGGACCUGCAGCACUGCAACGGGUCCGUUUCCUGUGUGGACGCCAGCAACAGCAGCCCGGUCAGCUUCCAGCUCAAAGCCCCCAUCAGACAGAUCAGCUGUACCUCCCUCUUCAAUGACUGUUGUGUUGCUGUGCGGUCGGAUCACUUCUGUGGCGUUUGGAGGUUCAGUGAAACAGACGAGCCGCGCCUUCUGCAGGUGGUCAACACCAACAAGCCUGCGACCUGUGUCAGUGUCAGUCCUCACGUUUUGGGUGAAAUUCUGGUGGCGAGUGAGAGCGGAGCUGCAAACCUGUGGACUGUAGGAAAAGGGAUGCAGAAGGUUCGGAUGGAGGACAGCAACCUGUACUUUAAUGCUAAGUCAUCGUGGAGGUGGUGCGAGUUCUCAGCUCAUCCAAGAGUGAUGCUGUAUGCCGACAGGACCGGGGUGGAGCUCACAGACAUCAGGGUGAGUUUGUGCUCUGGUCACACGCUGUUCCGGAUCAGUAACACGUCGGAGUGUCGGAGCGGAGAGAGGCUCAUCCUGUCCAGGUAUCUGGGAGACGUUCACCCCUUCCAUCACCUCAUCACCACACAGUACUCGGCCUACAUUAUGGACGAGCGCUUCCCGUGCGUGCCCAUGCUCAAGUACGAUCACAUGAUGCAGUCCCCGCCAAUCUUUUGUCACGUCAUCCCAGGCUCCGCUACCUCAGCCUCCACAUCAAGUACCAACAAGGUCCUGCUCGGCUCCCACAGCUCCCAGGAAGUCACUCUGCUUCAGUACUCAGGAGGGAAGGUGGGGGCUUGUUCCAGUCGAGGUCCUCCUCAGGCUCUUCUUAGACCCAGAGAGAGUCUAAAACAUCUCUCAGUCCAGAUCCCUCACCGCCGGGACGCCGCAGCCAACAGACUGUCUGCACCUGUUGCAGGUUUGACGUGUAUCCCGAAGAAAGCAGGAAGCAUACCAGGCCGCAGGGAGUGUAUGUGUGUCCUACAGCUAACUGAAGCUGGAGACAUCUUCUAUCAGGUCCUUGAGCACAACCCAACAGGCUUGGUCACAUCUGGAGCUCCAUCUGCAGACAGCAAACCUCGACAAGCAGCCACUGAGCUUCCAGGGUCAACCAGACUAACUGCAGAGCCUCCAGCAGACUCUCAAGUGGUUGUCUCUGAAACAUCAAGCGAUGAGGAUGUCAUCGGGUUAACGCAAGGUGUCAGCGCAAGAAUGGUUGUUGCUGAAACGCCAGAGAGGGAUCAACGACAGCCGAGUAGACCUUCUGUUUCCUCCUCUGAGGAGUCAGAGAGAUUCAGAGACUGCAGAAGUGGACUUCAGCCACGAGAAAGCCAGUCGGAUGAAGACGUUAACAAUGAAAAGGUUGUUGAUGAUGAAGGUGCUGGCUCCAGCAGGUCCCUGCUGCAGACUUCAGGAAAGCUCAGCAGUUCAGUUUCUGUGAAGUGGAAACACUGGCUCCAGAUCCUGGUGGAGAGAAACGGUAAAAAGAAGCCCCGUCCCCGCAGACUACAGCAUUUCCAAAUCUUUAGUAAAGGUCUGCUGCGUCUGCCUGACAGCGAAGCUAGAGGAGCACCAGAGAAGGAAAUAAUGGAAAAGUUGAGGGAAGAGUUGAAGUCAUGCAUGUCUGGACGCUCGCUGUUGGUUCAGCGCUCCGUUUCCCUCACAGCUCCAGAUCCGGUUCCUCUUCAUCAGGUGAGCACGUCCUGGACGGAUACACUCAGCCACCGACUCACCGUUGCCUGGCAGGGGGAGAAGGCGUGGCAGGCAUGGUGGGAGGACCAGCUGGGGAUGAAUGAGAAGACCAAGAUGGCGGCGCUGAGGAGGAAGAGGAGGAGGGAAAAAGAAGCAAAGAGAGCAGCAGGUCACAGAUUAGAGCUGAGCGGGAGCUUCACGUCUGCCAGCGAUCAGUCUGAACUGGACAUUUUCUCCAGUUCGACAGGGUGGACCACUGCUUCGAGUCAGGGGCUGUGGUCAAACACAGAGGAUGGGGAGGCGCUGUCCCAGUCGGCCGAGGUUUUGGAGCAUGAGAACCAGAGAGCUCCGACAGCGUCCACCAUUCAGACAGACAUUCCAGUUCCCACGCCAACUGCUCAGAGUGUGCAAUCAAAUAAAAAUGACCAGCAGUCUCCCAGCAGGCUUUCCACUUUCUCCCUGACUCAAACACAGACCCCUGACCGCACACCGGCCCGUCAGAGGAGGAGCAAAAGGACCGUAGAGGACUACCUCAGUACUCUGACAUCAACUCAGGAUUACCCAUCACAAGCAGAUUCCUACUUCCUGGAGAACGACAGCUUUACGGACACACCACCUCCACCAGCUCUGCUCCACAGCUCCCAGCCUCUCCGGGUUUCUAUGUCUAGGGUUGCUGGUCCUUCGUCGGGUCUGUCUCAGUCUCUGACCUCCUCCCAGUGUUCGCAGGGUUGGAGGGGGCCGUCGCAGUCAUCACAACCCAAGAAGAAGUCUCGAAUGGGAUUUUGAGCUGUUUAGGAGGAUAAUUUGGAGUUCUUUUUCCUGGAUUUAUAACUUGGAUCUGCUUUGAGACUGAAACAGUGAACUGAUUGGAUCGAAUCGAGGAAGAUGAAGUGAUGGUGACGGAAAGAUCAGGACUGGAGAGGGAAGAGGAUUCGCUGCAGGCCGGCGUGGUAGGACUGAGCUGAAUUUGACGUUUUGUGGUCAUAUUUUUGUUUGCUGUGAUAUUUUUGAGAUGUUGGGAAUGUGAAAUGAUCUAAGUGGUGUAUUUUCACACAGCUGCCUCACAACUACGUUUACAUUUUACUCUCAUAAAGAGGAUUUAAUGAGGUUGAUUCACUGAAACUGAGCUGGAAAAACCUUUGCAUGUCCCAGAUAAGGUCUAAAGUAUAAAUUAAGAGAAGAUGAUUUUCUUUUUCUAUGAAGUCUAUGGUGAAAAUGUCAAGUUUACAUGAAGUGGAGGCGUCAGACUGCGUGAACCUCGCCUGAACGUUGACUGUUAUUAGGAAUUAUUUCUACAUCUGCUUUUCUAAAUUAAACUGCUGUUUCAAUAAAACAAAAAGUAAACUUGGUUCUCAUUGAAAGACGAGAUGUUAAAGCUCAGCAGUCCAAUUUAGAUUUCAGUCUGAAUUCCUGAGUCUGUUCCAGUCGGAAAGUUUGGACAAGAGUUGGAUUGGGAACGAGUUUAAGUGUCUUUGAAUUAUGUUCAUGAGUGGUGGUGAAAUAAAGCGAGACAGCAGCAGGAAUCAUCCGAGCUCUUCAGUUGCAGGUCUAUCAGCCUCAAAACAGGGCUGCUGGAUUAUUGGAAAAUCAUCAUGAUUAGGGGUGGGCUAUCUAUCCAGAAACCUGAGGAGUUUUAUGUGCGAUACAUUCAUCCUGUUUCUGAGGGCCGAUCCAGCCGAGGUGUAGCUGCCGACGUGGACGGCAGCAUGAACGUCCAGUUACUAGAGACGUCAUUCAUUCUGCUUUUCAGAGCUUUAAUGUAAGCGAUGAUUCAUCUGACAAACUGCUGACGAUCCGCAUCAGAGUGUAAAACACAAAUGUCAUUAAAUAAGUUGUGAAAUGUUGGUAAAGAAGUGCUUCCAGACUUGUGAAAAGGCUGUUUGCAUAGUUCAGUAAUAACUAGUGUAGGCUGCGGCACACCGUGUACCUGAUCUGUUUGUUACUGAUUAUUUACUGGUUUUAACGUAACGUCACAGUUCCUGUCCCAAACCCGUCGUUAACUCUCAGCAACACCAGAGCUCCUCAUCUUUUAGUCCAGCAGCAUUAACUAGCAUAACCAAGGCUACCCAGUUGUUACCUUAAGAUGGACGGCAACAUGGAAACGUAGAAUUUAGUGUCAGACUGAUGAUGGUUCACCAAAACUUGCUGUGUUCCUCGGCCAUGACGGCACAUUAUCUGUCUGAUGUUCCUCCCUGAUGCAAACACACAGCCUGACCACACAAAGUCCCUAAGAUACGAGUGUAAAAACAACCACGGUGUGUUUUUCUUCUUUUCAGACUCGGAGGGAAAAACAAGCAACAAGUUUAAAAAUAAAACUUUUAAUAAGAUUUUGUUUUCAGUACAUGACAAACAAUAAAUAAUAUCUACAAAGA